AUGUUUCCAUUAAUUGGAAAAACAGUCAUCUUUGAUAACUUUCCCGAUCCUUCUGAUACUUGGGAAAUCACUGAAACGAUUGGCAAAGGAACUUAUGGGAAAGUUUUUAAAGUAUUGAAUAAGAAAAAUGGCCAAAAAGCAGCAGUCAAAAUUCUGGAUCCAAUUCACGAUAUUGAUGAAGAGAUUGAAGCAGAGUAUAACAUCUUAAAAGCACUUUCUGACCACCCUAAUGUUGUCAAAUUCUAUGGGAUUUACUUUAAGAAGGAUAAAAUAAAUGGAGAUAAGCUGUGGUUGGUUCUCGAGCUGUGCAAUGGAGGAUCAGUGACUGAUCUUGUGAAAGGAUUUCUGAAGAGGGGUGAAAGAAUGAGUGAACCUAUAAUUGCCUAUAUUUUACACGAAGCACUAAUGGGACUUCAGCAUUUGCAUAACAACAAAACUAUCCACCGUGAUGUGAAAGGAAAUAACAUUCUGUUGACCACUGAAGGAGGAGUUAAACUAGUAGAUUUUGGUGUGUCUGCACAGCUCACCAACACCCGGCACCAUCGGAACACAUCCGUAGGAACACCAUUUUGGAUGGCUCCUGAGGUGAUUGCCUGUGAACAGCAACUAGAUACCACUUAUGAUGCCAGAUGUGACACUUGGUCCCUGGGCAUCACAGCCAUUGAGCUGGGUGAUGGCGAUCCUCCGCUAGCUGAUCUACAUCCCAUGAGAGCACUCUUCAAAAUACCAAGGUCAGGCAACUAA